AUGACGGCUCCAACCACAGCAACCGCCAAGUCCCUCGCCCGCUGCAGAUGCGUCUGCCGCUCCUGGAGCGCCGGGAUCGCCGGCGCCGUCUUCGUCCGCCGCCACCUCGAGCUGUCGCCUUCCACCGCCUCCUGCUGGCUGCUGCUACUGCCGCCGCCGCGCACCGCCGGGGCGGAGACGGAGCUCGUCUUCGACACGGCGUGGCCCGGGGGCAUCACGCGCCUCGUCUCGCCUACGCACUGCGAUGGCUUCGUCGCGAUCGCCACGGCCACGGACCGGGUGUUCGUCUGCAACACGGUCACCAGGGAGCUCGCCGCGCUGUCGCUCGGCAGCCGCAACGCCGAGCUGGAUCAUGGAGAUCCGCUGCUCCCGCCGGUGGCCCUCGGUUUCGACCGGUGGCGCAACCGCUACACCAUUGGCAGGCACCAUUUCUGGCUGGCGGAGGACGGGCCUGAGCUGCAGUGGUCGUUGCACUUCUGCAUCGAUCUCCUCGUCCGCAGGAAGCCGUGGACUUUUGCAUCACGAGCUGCACAUGCAACUACUGAUGAAGAGCACACCAAGCUGAUCGAUCGAGCGGCAAUGAUCGGGUUGGAAGACAGUGCACAGUCUCGCAGAAGUUGCUCCCAUGAUUAG